AUGGAAGGGCAGGGCAGGCAGAUUGGGGGCCUGGCACUGUGUGUGAUGGGCAUUUUAGGAGUGUGUUUGACAUGUGGACUGCCGAUGUGGCGUGAGACAUCUUUUGUCGGAGCCAACAUUGUAACUGCACAAUCGGUGUGGGAUGGUCUGUGGUUGCACUGUAUCAUCCAGGCCACAGGUCAGAUGCAGUGUAAGAAACACACCACGUCCAUCACUCUGACCGCUGACAUCCAGGCUGGACGUGCCCUCACGUUGAUCUCCAUCCUCGCCGGCCUCCUGGGCUUCAUUAUCAGCCUCCUGGGUGGAGGUGUGGCCAAAUGUAGUGGAGCUCCACCUGACUCCCCAGAGCCUCCGUCGGCUUCUUCCGCCAGAAAGAAGAAUCACUGAUAUAUUUUGUUUUUCUAGGCAUGUCUGCUGGGUGGAGCUCUGUGCGUGCUGGCUGGCAUCUUGUGCCUGGUUUCAGUCAGCUGGUCAGCAGGAACAACCAUCUCUCUCUACAAUGACCCCUUGGUGGUCGCGGCCCUAAAGAGAGAAGUGGGCUCCUCCAUCUACAUAGGCUGGGCCUCCUCUGUGCUGCUCCUGCUCGGUGGGGCUCUGAUCUGCUUCGUCUGUGGGGAAAAGGAGAACUCACAGCCUUCUUACCGCCCCUACAGCUCCAACACUGAAUUCAGCGACUAUUCAUCCCACAUGCCCACACUGAGGUCUGAUGACAUAAGAUCAAACAGUUUAAGGAUGUUUGAUCGUUAUGCACCAAAUAAGAUGGUAGAGCAUGUAGCCCAAGUGCACAACCCCCUGAAUAAAGCUCAUAGUGGGGCCGGGCUGUAUAAUCAACCACGUCGAACAGAUCAGGGACACCAGACAACAGGAAGGGCUUAUUCAUGGGAAUGA